CUUGGGUGCAGAGGCUGCUUGGUCUUGGGCCUGACAGGUUUUUCUUAUCUCGUUUUGGGCCGGGGGACUCUAUUGCAAACAUGCUCCGCCAGAUCAUCGGUCAGGCCAACAGGCAUCCAAGCUUGAUUCCCCUCUUCAUAUUUAUUGGAGCAGGAGGUACUGGAGCAGCACUGUAUGUGAUGCGUCUGGCAUUGUUCAAUCCAGAUGUCAGUUGGGACAGGAAGAAUAACCCAGAACCCUGGAACAAACUGGGUCCUAAUGAUCAAUACAAGUUCUACUCAGUGAAUGUCGAUUACAGCAAACUGAAGAAAGAAGGCCCAGACUUCUAAAUGAAACAUUUCACUGUAAAGCUGCUUAUGAUAAAGGUCUUUGAGAAGCAUCCACACAAUUUUCCACUUAACC